CAUGGCAUCUGCCAGCAGCAUGGAGGCUCCCAUUUGUCUAGUGGAAAAUGAGAAUGAAGAGCUGAUGGUGAACCCCAAAGCUAUAAACAUUCUUGAGAGGAUCACUCAGCCUGUGGUGGUGGUGGCCAUCGUAGGACUGUACCGUACGGGGAAGUCCUACCUGAUGAACCGCUUGGCCGGACAGAACCAUGGCUUCAAUUUGGGCACCACAGUUAGGUCUGAAACUAAGGGCAUCUGGAUGUGGUGUGUGCCCCAUCCCAGCAAGCCCAAAUUCACACUCGUGCUUCUGGACACAGAGGGCUUAGGUGAUGUGGAAAAGUGUGACCCUAAGAAUGACUCGUGGAUCUUCGCCCUGGCUGUGCUUCUGAGCAGCACCUUUGUUUACAACAGCAUGAGCACCAUCAACCACCAGGCUCUGGAGCAGCUGCACUAUGUCACGGAACUGACAGAGCUGAUCAGGACAAAAUCCACCCCACGAUCUGAAGAAAUAGAUGACUCUGAUGAGUUUGUAGGUUUCUUCCCAGACUUUAUCUGGGUUGUUCGAGAUUUCGUUCUGGAGCUGAAGUUAGAUGGACGCGUCAUUACAGCAGACGAGUACCUAGAAAAUGCCCUGAAGCUGAUCCCAGGCAGGAGUCUCAAAGCCCAAACUUCUAACAUGCCCAGGGAAUGCAUCCGGCACUUCUUUCCAAGACGGAAGUGCUUUGUCUUUGAUCGACCUAUAAAAGAAAAAGAACUCUUAGUCCAUGUUGAAGAAAUGCCAGAGGACCAGUUGGAUCACAAUUUCCGAGUGCAAUCAAAUGUAUUCUGUUCGUAUAUCUUCUCCAAUGCAAAGGCCAAGACCUUGAAAGAGGGAAUCAUGGUCAAUGGAAACCGACUGGCGACUCUGGUGACAACCUAUGUGGAUGCUAUCAAUAGUGGAGCGGUGCCGUGUUUAGAGAACGCAGUGACAACCCUGGCCCAACGUGAGAACUCUGCAGCCGUGCAGAAGGCAGCUGAGCACUACAGUGAGCAGAUGGCCCAGCGACUAAGGCUCCCCACAGAUACGCUCCAGGAGCUGCUGGAUGUGCACUCGGCCUGUGAGAAGGAAGCCAUUGCUGUCUUCAUGGAGCACUCCUUCAAGGAUGAGAACCAGGAAUUCCAGAAGAACUUGGUGGUGACCAUAGUGGAAAAAAGGGAAGAUUUCUCCCGACAGAAUGAAGCUGCAUCUCUCAGUCACUGCCAAGCUGAACUGGACAAGCUCUCAGAGUCCCUGAGGAAGAGCAUCUCAUGUGGAGCUUUCUCUGUUCCUGGGGGCCACAGUCUCUACCUAGAGGCCAGGAAGAAGGUUGAGCAGGACUAUGAGCAAGUGCCCAGGAAGGGAGUGAAGGCAAAUCAUGUCCUUCAGAGCUUCCUACAGUCACAGAUUCCCAUAGAGAAUUCCAUCCUGCAGUCAGACAAAGCCCUCACUGCUAACCAGAAGGCCAUGGAAGUUGAGCGGGCUCAGAAGGAGGCAGCUGAGAAGGAGCAGGAGCUACUAAGACAGAAACAGAAGGAACUGCAACAGGUGAUGGAGUCUCAAGAGAGAAGUUACAAGGAAAAUAUAGUCCAGCUGCAUGAGAAAAUGGAGACAGAAAGGAAGAACAUUCUGGAAAAGCAAGAGGAGAUGCUGGCACACAAGUUAAAGGUCCAAGAAGAGAUGCUUAAUGAGGGAUUUAAAAGGAAAUAUGAAGCAAUGGAUUCAGAGAUAAGUCAACUACAAAAACAGAUUCAACAAAACAAGGAGCAGAAUAGCUCAUUGGCUGCACAAAUCUUCGAUGGGUUUGGAAAUGUAUUAAUGUCAGUCAAUACUGACACUGGUAAGCUUUUUGGUCUAGGGCUGAAAAUUAUAAGCAGAAAAAUGAAAUAGCCAAAGAAUUCUUGUUAGAAAACUGUAGGUAUGACUUUCCCCACCUCAUUGAUACUUAUUUUUGAAGCCCAUUUCACAUUAAUUUCAUUUACUAAGUUUCCAUAACCAAGAAUACAGGUCACUCACCAUAAACUAAUGGCAAAGUCCCAUUGCUAAAGAUAACAUGAUAAGACUCAUUGAACAACAGAGAACUCAAGUUGGUACCCAUAGAUCCUUCACCCUACAUGCUAACAUCUUUGUCACAGAAAGAUACUCCGCAUGCUACCAAAAGAAAAGCACAAACUCCAGCCCAGCCACAAACCCUUUGAUUUACAAUGGUGUCCUGCCUGCAAAAUCUGCAAAUGCAGUGGUGGCAUAAAUCUUGGGGGAGCAACCAACCAAUGUCUGAUUUGAUUUAAGGCUAUCAAAGGAUGAAACCCAUACCUGACUCUGCUUGAGUGACCAAGAACCUGAGAUUAGAUAGCCAAGGUAACCAAAGGAAAACCAAACACCAUUGUUGUCUUUUCUUUUAAAUAAUGUAAUAAAAUGACUCUUACUCACAUUCUGCUAUGCUCGUAGAUCAUUCAAAAUAGUUACAUCUUAUAGAAGAGUUUGAAUACACACUUUUCUGUAUACAUAUGUUAUGUUUAAAAUCAAAACCUGUUCAAAAAGAAAAAAUAGUUUUAUUUUUAUCUGGUAUGAACUAAUUUGAAAUUUUCAUUUUAGGUUAAAAAAAGUUCGAGAAUAUGUCUCUUAUGCAUACAUUAAAAUAGCUAUAAUUUGAAUUUAAAGAAUCUAGACUAUAGGUGAAAAUUAUUUAAAUUUAUUUAUAGGUAAUAAAGACUGAUUAGAACACUCACACAUACACUGUAUGCAGCUGAAUAUGUUGCCAAAUUAUGGCUAUUUAUGAACCAUUGCUUUGGUUUCCUUCUUUUUUUUUAACUGACCGAGACCAUGCUAACGAGAAUUGUUAUGAAUGGGUGCUACCUGAGACCAUGCUGUCAAUCAUCUUUAUGAAUGGUUGCUACCUGAGACCAUGCUGUCAAUCAUCUUUAUGAAUGGAUGCUACAUGAGACCAUCCUAAAAAGCAUCUUUAUGAAUUGGUGCUACCUGACAUGCAGACCAUUUGUAUGGACUAGAUAAAAUGUUAAUAAUGAAGUCCUGUGCUCAUGUUUGGAUUUAAAUUUAAAACAAUUUCAAACAGUCAUUUGCUAUUUUGCUUUCCUCUGUAGAAUGUAAACUUACUUCAGUUAUCCCACCAGUAAAGUUUUAUUUGGGGUAAGAAAUUUUCCAUUGAAUUCUUGUGUUGUAAUGUGGGAAAAUGUCAUGUUUUUUUUUUUUAUUUUCACAAUUUAUAUCGAUGUGAAAUAAAAUUUAAUUCUGGCAAAAAA